GUCCGACUGCACUCUUUGUGCUUUUCUGUCAGCGGUUCCCUGUCUGUUUCUGCUCUCUCGACGAAUUCGGCUGACGUGCUAAAGGCACUUCUGCGCACUGAGUGCCCAGAGCUAUUGCAGGUUCCGAACAGUCAGAUUCGUUUGCUGUACCGCGGUGUUGAACUGACAGAUGAGAACCCCAUCACGCACCACUGGACGCCGGCCUCAGAUGAGAGGCAGCUGGACUUGCACUUUUUGGUUAUCGGUCCUGGUGCGGCGGAAGGAUUUCAGCUAGCUCUCUGUGACGUACCUUGUCCAGCGGAGCUUGAGAGAAGGCUGCAGGAAUGUGCUCAUGGGCUGAACACUGGAGUCCUGCCAAUUCUUUCAGAGAAUGGCUCGGGUGGAACAUAUUUCCUAAAGCAUGCAGCUGGACAUACGCUGGCAGUGUUCAAGCCAAAGGAUGAGGAAGCCGGAGCGCCACAGAACCCGCGAGGAUAUGCUGGCAAAGAGAACACGCGGCGCUGGCAAACCGCUGUGGCUUCAGCUCACAGGGCAGUGCGCGAGGUUGCGGCCUUCCUGCUGGACACUGGUCAUGGCGCUCUGGAUGGCCACGCAGGGGUUCCCAUGACGACCCUCGCCCGAUGCCGGCAUCAGGCCUUCGUACCUGUCCACAUCAAUGGAGACAGCCACGUCGUGUGGAAGGUCGGCGCGUUUCAGGCAUUCGUGGAAAAUGCGGAGCUGUCUGAAGACUUUGGGCGCUCAGUCCACGCAAUACAAGACGUCCACAAGAUUGGGAUCCUGGAUCUUCGAAUUGUAAACUUCGACCGCAACCUUAGCAACAUGCUCGUCCAGGGACGUGGCAAGAAGCUCAUUCCAAUCGAUCAUGGCUGCUCCUUCCCCGAUCGCCUGGACUUUAUGCUGUCGGAGGUUGCGUGGUCUUCAUGGCCCCAGAGCAAGGAGCCGUUCAGCAGUGACGAGUUGGCGUACAUAGCCCAGUUGGAUGGCGAGGCUGAUGCAAGGAAGCUCUCAGCAACCUUGGGCCUGGAGCGUCACUGCCUUCGCCUUAUGGAAGUCUCGACCCGCUGGCUACAGGUUGCCGCAUCUCAUGGCUGCACGCUGCAUCAGAUAGCGGCUGCCCUCUAUCGAGCAGACGCAUCUCCAGAAAGGCCGAGCAAGGUGGAAGGCAUCAUGCGAAAUUGCAUUGCCUCGGCGUUCGCUGCCACGAGCACGGCCGACAAAGGCAAGCCAUUGGGGAGGACAGUUUCUCUUCGUGAUCCAACUCCGCUGUCCGAGACGGCCGAUGGCUGCAUCUUCAAUCGCAUCCUCAACACUGGAAAAGAAUUACAGUGGACGCAGCCGCUGGAGGAGAACUUUCGGCGUCAUGUGGGGGAAGAGCUUAACAGGCUCGUCAAAGCCAUGAAGCCAGACCCCGGCUUCCAGGUUGGAAAGUAUGGCCUUGCGGCGGCACCCGAGCAAUCUGACGAGAGUGAAGAAGAUGAGAUCCCCUUGGCUCGCUCGAGUGGAGCCUAUGUGCCUCCACAUGCCCGAAGAGUGAAAUCUCCCUGA